GUUGGAUAAUGAUUUGUUUAUAACUGGAUGAGAUCAGGGGGUUUUAUGUCAGUAUACGCGCUUAGCACUUUGGAAGCUGUUUUUGUUUUAAUUGUUUCAUCUUCACAUAAUGGAACAAAGAGCACGACAGACCUGGAGAGAGCAGACAAAGUGGAUUGUUCACAUGAUGAUUUUGGUUACGUUUUGGAGCAGAGCUGCAGCACAAGUCAGAUAUGCGAUCUCCGAGGAAGUGAGAGAAGGAACUGCUGUUGGAAAUAUUGCGAAGGAUUUAGGUCUUGAUAAAAUCACACUGAAAGAAAGGGGGUACCGUAUUGUCUACGGCUCGACAGAACCUCCUUUUCGACUUAAUAAUGACGACGGCAACUUGUAUGUGAACCGGAAAAUUGACAGAGAGGAAGUGUGCGACCGGAACAAGGUUUGUGUAAUCGACUUAAAAACUGUGUUAGAAAACCCACUGGAGGUCCACUAUGUAGCAGUAGAGAUUCUGGAUGUGAACGACCACUCACCAAGCUUCCCCGAAAAUGAAAAGAUGUUAGAGAUCUCAGAAUCUGCAUUGCCAGGAGCAAGAUUUCAGUUACAAGCUGCACGUGAUGCUGAUAGUGGUUCAUUAUCAGUUCAGCUGUAUAAACUCAGUCAUAAUGAACAUUUUCGUUUGGAGGUAAAAGAUCGUGGUGAGGACCGUAAAACCCCCAGUUUAGUUCUUCAAAAGCCACUUGAUAGAGAAUCCGUGAUGACCCAUGUGUUACUUCUGACAGCCAUUGAUGGAGGUAAACCUCCACGGUCCGGAAACAUGACAAUAAUUGUUGACGUUUCUGAUGUUAAUGAUAACCCCCCAGUUUUCACCCAGGAUUCCUAUAAUGUAGAACUAAAGGAAAAUUCUGCGGUUGGCACGACUGUUAUCCAAGUUAAUGCAACAGAUGUAGAUGGAGGUUCAAAUGGUGAAGUUGUGUAUUCCUUUGGUAAUGACGUGGAUGCACGAGUACGUACACGUUUUGAUUUAAAUCCAGUGACAGGGGUCAUUACUGUGGCAGGGAAUAUAGAUUUUGAAGAGAGAAGUAGAUAUGAAAUCGAUAUCCAGGCAUCAGAUAAGGGUGCAGCUACGCUCACCACAGACAAAACCGUGAUUAUAAAUAUUGUUGACCUGAACGACAACGCACCGGAGAUUGAAGUAACGUCUUUCUCACACGCGCUCCGGGAAGAUUCAAAACCUGGAACCACAGUUGCGUUGAUCAGUGUUAAAGAUUCAGACUCUGGUCUUAAUGGAAAGGUGAUGUGUUACAUAAGCCAAGGUCUUCCUUUUCUGCUCACUCCAUCGCUACAAAAUAGCAUGUAUACUAUAGCAACAAAAAUGCUUUUGGAUCGGGAGCACCAAUCGCAAUAUAAUAUAACAAUUAUUGCCAAAGACGCAGGCGAACCACCGUUAACGUCAGAGAAAACAAUAAAUAUAGUUGUGUCAGAUGUGAAUGACAACAGCCCAGAGUUUUCACAGAAACCAUAUACUUUUUAUAUAAGUGAGAAUAACAACCCAGGAGCGACUAUUUUCUCAUUAACAGCCAGUGAUCGUGACGAAGACAAUAAUGCUCAUAUUUCCUACCAGAUUUUAAGAAAUAGGGGAGGAGAAAACCCGCUUACGUCCUCAUUGAACGUCAACACAGAAAAUGGAGACAUUGUGGCGCUAAAGAGUUUUGACUUUGAAACAGUGAAAACGUUCCAGUUCCACGUUGUGGCCACAGAUUCGGGAACUCCGUCACUGAGCAGCAACGUCACAGUCAACGUGUUCAUCCUGGAUCAGAACGACAACCCUCCAGUCAUCCUGUAUCCACUCAGCUCCAAUGGGUCUGCUCAAGGUGUGGAGGAGAUCCCCCGCAAUGUGAACGCAGGACACUUGGUGACUAAAGUCAGAGCCUAUGACCCUGAUAUAGGAUAUAACGGCUGGUUGCUCUUCUCACUGCAGGAACAUACUGACCACAGUCUCUUUGGUUUGGACCGCUACACAGGACAGAUCAGGACACUUCGCUCAUUCACUGAGACAGACGAGGCUGAGCACAAACUGGUCAUACUGGUAAAAGACAAUGGCAACGUGUCCCUCUCAGCAACAGCUACUGUGGUUGUCAAGCUUGUGGAGCCCAAAGAGGCUUUUGCAGCUUCUGAUGUUAAAAGUGCAGCAAAAAAAGAUGAUGAGGACACUAAUGUGACUUUUUACCUGAUGAUAACUUUGGGCUCAGUGUCUGUACUUUUCCUCAUCAGUAUCAUCGUGCUGAUCGCGAUGCAGUGCUCCAAAUCCACAGACUAUACUUCUAAAUAUCUACAAGAGGCUAAUUAUGACGGGACACUGUGUCACAGCAUCCAGUACAGAUCUGGAGACAAACGGUACAUGUUAGUUGGACCCAGGAUGAGUACAGGAUCUACUAUAGUCCCAGGCAGCCACGCGAACACACUAGUGCUCCCUGACAGGAGGAGGAUAUCUGAGGAGGUAGGACUUAAAAACGUUUUAUGA